GUUCUGUGCCGGCUCAUCAACAGCCUCCACCCUCGGGAUCGGCCGCCGGUGCCCAAAAUCCAGGGAUCCUCCAUGGCCUUCAAACAGAUGGAGCAAAUAUCCCAAUUCCUGCAGGCGGCCGAGCGCUACGGGAUCGCCCCCACGGAUAUAUUCCAGACUGUGGAUCUAUGGGAAGGGAAGAACCUGGCGUGUGUGCAGCGCACCCUGAUGAACCUGGGCAGCCUGGCAGCCGCCAAGGGCGACGGGCUCUUCCGAGGAGACCCCAACUGGUUCCCCAAGUAG